GAUACAUUGGGUGACGGCCUAAACACCACGGCUAACAUCACAUGCUCAUCCUCAGCUCAACCAACUGAUCCUCGUCCAUCAGCUUCCCACAGCGAGUCCAGAGUGUAUAUCCCCAGACUACCACCGCCUGGAGUCUACAGUGCACGCGACCCAUCGCCCUGUUCAGCUGCCCGUACCCUCCAUUUCAAACCCCGCAGCGAUGCAAGCCUUACCGGAGUCUCGUCAACAGACUUUCGAGGAGAUCUACGGCCCUCCAGAAAACUUCCUCGAGAUUGAGGUGAAAAAUCCACAAACCCACGGUUCUUCUCCCCGUAACAUGUACACUUCUUAUGAAAUCCACACUCGCACGAACAUUCCCGCCUUCAAACUGCGUCACUCGGUCGUCCGCCGCAGGUACUCUGAUUUCGAGUACUUUCGAGACAUCCUGGAGCGAGAAAGUGCCAGAGUCACCAUUCCUCCGUUGCCGGGGAAGGUGUUCACGAACAGAUUCUCCGACGACGUGAUUGAGCACAGGAGAGAAGGACUUCAGAGGUUCCUACAGAUAGUGGUCGGACAUCCGCUUUUGCAAACCGGGAGCAAGGUUCUCGGAGCGUUCAUACAAGAUCCGAAUUGGGACCGCAAUGCUUGGUGAAAAGACCAUCCACAACCACAAUAAAAAAUUGCCAAGAGAAAUGACAAGACCAGAAUGACCAACGAGAUGAUGAGCAAAAUGACCACUCGAAGCGAGGCUUUCUGCGGGCAAAUCUUUGCAGGCAUUAUUCGACCCUGUAUACUUGGGUAUUCCCUUUGAGCAUACGCAUGAAGGAGCGGGGUGCACAUGGAGUACUGGUGACGGCGCACAGUCUCGGGACCUUCGCAGCAAACUUGAGCGAGUUGGUUGGGUUGGAAUACAAACGAAUAAACCAGUUCUGAGCCUCCCCUAGGACAACAAGGAACCUCGCCGCAAGUCUGAAACUACAUGGACGUUCUUGCGAGUGUCUGGCAAGUUUGAGGGGCGUUGAAACGUGAUGUGCGUUGCCGUUAUAUCAAAAAAACACAAGGCUGUGUAAGCAUUGCCGAGCAAGAAACCGGAGCAUAAAGAAGACUGACCGUGCACGCAUCCUUCAGCCGACGUUCGCUAACAGCAAAUGCCGACAUAGUACACAUGCCUUUACACGUUCUGUUCUAUUCCUCUGUACUGCUCUUCUCUCUCUCCUUGGAUGAACGCGAGUUUUCCAUCUAGGCCCGCCUGUCGACUGUCCUACGACACCGCGGUGCCAAAAUAUCGACAUCAGAAAGGAAAUAUAUUGCCCCUCUCUACAGCCCUAUAGAUGUUCAUUACCUAGAUACAGACGUAUUUCCAGCCGAAGCCGUUUGUUCCACAGCCAAAUGUCC